AUGGCAAGCGCAACUGCUGGGAUUCGUCGUCCUCCGGCUUUACCAGCUGAUAUCGCCUAUACUAGCCACUAUUGCGAGGAGAACAUCUACCUCUUGGCGCAAGCGUUCUACGAUCAGCUCUCUGUUCGUGAGGCCUGGGACAUAUUCGUGGUCUUUAUCUCGAAUCACACGAAGACGGUUGCUCUGAAGAAUCAGAAACUUGGGAGAGAUGGUGUUGUGGUCUGGGAUUACCACGUCAUCUUGGUCGUCCGGCCUAAAGCUGCCGACUGGUUCGCUCCUUCAACGCCAGCAGAUUCUGAUGUGGUCUCGACAAUGAGCUGGGUAUAUGACUUUGAUUCACGCUCGACGAAUCCAUCUCCCUGGCCAGGUGAGAACCGAGAACGAUGA